UUAGGAUUAGGAUUUUUGUCAUUGGAAAAAUCUCUCUCCUUUCUGUUUUUUAGUGUUUUGUAGCAAAACGCAGCGGUCAUUGACGACCUACCGGCUCGGAUCAUCUGCGGUCGCAUUCGGUUGAAGGCCAACGUCAAGGAGUUCCGUGGAUCCACUUUGGUCUUUUCCGACAGCAGUGAAAUAGAUAAGCAAAUCACGCUGCCCGCUGUCGUGAUGGGUUCAGGGGUCGAGUCGGGCGCGGGAGACUCCACCACUCCGCCCACUAACAACCACCGCGACUGCGAGCAGGACAACAGCAAAACAGCACAAGUCACUCCCGUCGUCUUGAGUGCAAAGCAGGCUCGGCACAUCCACUCCGACUGAGAGUGUGCAGCUUGCUACUGAUUAACUCCUGUCGACGUUCGCGUGCCCACACUAAACGCAUCUUCGUCGUCGUGGCUCGUGUUAAGGCGCACAUCUUCUGUUGCUGGGCAGCGUUCAACAAAGUAGCAGAGCUUCGGCAUGCCUCGUCGUGUGGCGGUGGUUGGAGGAGGUAGCUCGGGCCUGGCCUGCAUCAAGUGCUGCCUGGAUGAGGGUCUGGAGCCCAUCUGCUUUGAGAGCAGCGAUGACAUCGGGGGUCUGUGGAGGUUCAAGGAGAACCCCGAGCCGGACAGGGCCAGCAUCUAUCACUCUGUCAUCAUCAACACCUCCAAGGAGAUGAUGUGCUUCAGCGACUUCCCCAUCCCGGCCCACUUCCCCAACUACAUGCACAACACCCUCGUUAUGGACUACUUCCGCAUGUAUGCCGACCACUUCAAGCUCCGCAAGCACAUACGCUUCAAUUCCAAAGUCUUGCAGGUGAAACCGAGGACCGACUUUUCGCAUUCCGGCCAGUGGGACGUGGAGACGCAGAACCAGGAGGGCAAAAAGAGUAAACACAUCUUUGACGCCGUGAUGGUCUGCAUCGGACACCACUGCCACCCCCACCUGCCUCUCCACGACUUUCCAGGCCUCGACACAUUCCAGGGAAAGUACUUCCACAGUCGCGAAUACAAGACACCCGAGGAAUGGCGGAACAAGAAGGCGGUGGUGGUCGGCAUCGGGAACUCGGGAGGCGACAUAGCUGUGGAGCUCAGCAGGGUCACCAAGCAGCUUUACCUGAGCACCCGAAGGGGCGCUUGGGUACUGAACAGAGUCGGAAAAAACGGCGUCCCCCGGGAUUUGGCGAUCAAUAGGGUGAUGUUGGCGCUCUGGAAAGUGCUUCCCUUUAGCGUGGUCUGCGGCGUGGGAGAGAGACAACUCAACCAGCGGUUUGAACACGGCCUGUACAGUCUGAAGCCCAAGCACAGGUUGAUGAGCCAGCAUCCCACCGUGAGCGACGAGCUUCCCAACCGCAUCCUGUCGGGAACGGUGCAGGUCAAGCCCAACAUCCGCCGAUUUGACGGCUCCAGCGUGGAGUUUGACGACGGCAGCGUGGUGGAGGACGUGGACCUGGCGGUUUUUGCCACAGGCUACAGGUUUUCCUUCCCAUUUCUUGCUCCGGAUGUGAUCUCCGUGUCGGACAACAAGACGUCUCUGUUCAAAUACGUGUUCCCCCCGGAGCUGGAACGCCACACCCUGGCCGUCAUUGGGCUGGUGCAGCCUCUGGGGGCCAUUAUGCCCAUUUCUGAGAUGCAGGCCCGGUGGGCCACCAGGGUCUUCAAAGGAUGCGUCAAGCUUCCUCCAGUGGCUGACAUGUUGGAUAACAUCAAGUGUAAGCAGGAGACCAUGACCGACAGGUACGUGUUAAGUCAGAGACACACCAUUCAAGUGGAUUACGCAAACUACAUGGACGAGAUAGCGGCGUUGGUGGGCGUGCGGCCCAACAUCCUCCGACUGUUGCUAACCGACCCCAGGCUUGGCCUGGACCUGCUCUUCGGCCCCGUCAGCCCGUACCAGUACCGUCUGCGGGGGCCUGGCAAAUGGGCCGGAGCCCGUCAGGCCAUACUAACCAUGUGGGACCGGGUGGCCAAGCCCAUGAAGACCCGACCGUGCGACCGGGCCAGACCCAAACGCUCUUUGAAGUGGCCGCUCGUGGUGUCGGCCGCCGUGGGCGUGGCCGCGUAUGUGAACAGGAGCAACCUGGCCGCUUUACUGCAACACCCCGUCGGGCUUUUGGACCGGGUCAAGGUGCACCUGCCAGUACUGAGAUACUGAAAUGAAUAUGAGUGCUGACACACAUUUAAGUCAUAUUCAAAGGAGCUAAUGCCUGAAAAGUUGAUCAUGUUUCAUGAAACCAGUUUGUUGUUGUAAAUUCAUAUUCACUCUGUUCUUUAUUUGGGUCCGCAUGUGUUGAUGUUAUGAAAAUAAAUGUACAUUUUUUUUAAUACAUUACACCAUGUGAAGGGACCAACCUUUUCAGCAAGAUGAAAAAGUACCAAAAAAAAAAAACUCAUGCAGAAUCAUUCUUUUACGAGCAGAGUGCAAAAAUGCACGAGGGUCCGACAAAAAUGAAUGCAUUUUAGUCGAUCUAUGAAAAGCAACGUGAAUUGCAGAUAAUACUGAUUGUGCCUACUACAAUAAUAAAACCAUUGCAACUGUGAA